GGUUUGGAAAAAAAGUGCAUGUGCAGCAAGUGAAAUGUGUGCACUGCAAGUGCUGGUAAAAAGGGAAAAGAAGGAAAAUUGCGCGUCGAUCGCGUCGAAAAUGAAAAAUGUGAAAAUAUGUUGCUGGCUGGGCGAUCAUAGAUGUAUGUUUAUGUGGUAGAUAGCGCAUAUACCACCACCCCCCAUGUGGGAGGCGGGCACCACACAUAAGCCAAGCCCAAGAUUAACCAGAGCGCUCAGUGUACUUUAAAAGGAGAUGCAUAUCAAUUUUGAAACCAGUAUCAGUACGGAUUGCAAUCGAUUAGCAGUGUUUUGUGGGGUGUAGGAUUCAGGUUGUGUGCGAUCAGCAGCUAGGUGGGAUCCGCGGUGAAAAGAAAAGAAAAAGUGAGGUGUGUCUAAAGGACUUUCGAGUGUAAUUUGAGGAAACAGUUUGAAGUGAAGUUUAAACAACCCAGCCAAAAUGACCACCACCAGAAGAAGCACCGUGAUGGAGUAUCUCUUGCUUGCCUCAUUCAUCACCUCCACACUGUGCGCCUCGACCGCCGGAUUACGCGGCCAGACCCGUGUGGGACACAACAACAAGGUCGAAAACAGCUGGUUCGGUGGUGAGAUGAGUGUGCUGCAGAAGGUCUACGAUGACUGCCAGGACAAGCAAGACUUCACCGGUUGCCUCAAGGGCAAAGCCUUGACCGCGAUCUCGCGCGCUAUUGACAUGGAAUCGAUCCCGCUGCUGGACGGAGUUGCGCUGGUCAAGCAGGCUAACCCCGAAAACGAGAGCAUCUCCCUGCUGACCGACGCCCGCGCUCUGGGCGGACUCGGCGAAACCGAGCGCUCCAUCCUGGGCAAGCUGAACAAGUUCUUCCAGACCCACACCCUGCGCGUCGACAUGCAGCCCCAGGACUCGACCGCCGCGGCCCGUGGCAACAAGCAGAACAAGCACCACCGCUACCUGAUCGCCGCCUUCCUGACCGCCAUGGGCAUCGCCGGACCGAUCGGCCUGAAGGUCCUCGCCGCCGUCGCCGGUAAGGCCCUGGUCAUCUCCAAGGUCGCCCUCACCAUCGCCGGUAUCCUGGCGCUCAAGAAAAUCUUCGCCCACGAUCGUCACGAGGAGACCAGCUUCCAGGUCCAUGCCGGACAUGACAACCGACGAACUGCCUACGUCGUCCGCAACCCCGCCAAGGUGGCCGCCGCCAACGUCGAUCCCUACCGGUACUACUACGACCAGCAGCAGCUGCAACAACAGCAGCAGCAGCAGCAGUACGGAACCAUCUAAGAAGUGUGUCCCCCAAACACCCACGAAACAUCGAAAUUAGCGAAACUCCUCGAGCAAGUGUCCCCCCUCCCCACAACACCCCCCUGUAAAUUAAUAUUUAUUUUUAAUUUAUUACCGAGUGAGAGAGAGCGAUCGAGAGCGAGCGAUAAAUUAUCAAAACCCCCCCCUAGAACCCUAGAAAGUGUCAUGAAAAAUUGUAAAUUAUGAAAAGUCCCCAAACACCCCACACACACAGACUACAGCGAAACAUACCAAAAAUUAGGAAAGGUUAAAACACUCGAAAUCUCAAGAUAGCAGGAAAAAUCAAAACAGGGUAGCAAAUUAAAAUUAAAAAAAACUAUUUUAGCAAAACAACAUGGUGUGAGUGUAUGAGUGCGUGAGAUGCUCAGUACACACAUGCACUUACACACACACAUACACACAUGUGGUUAGAGUCCUCUUUUUGUGAAAGCAGGUGAAGCAAGCGAAAGUGGGCGUCAAGUUAAAAGUGCGAAUAAUAAAACUAAUAAGCAAAUGAGAAUCA